AUGACGACGAUGCUGGCGACGGUUCUCAGCACGGCGGUGAGCCAUGGUGUUGAUGCAGCGGGGCUUGCGGCCAUUCAGCAGACCAUGGCCAGCAUUGUGGCUGCUGCAAAAGCCCCUGAUGCUGCUGCUGGAGUCGAGGCCGUUGACAAGACGAAGAUCAUCGACUCGCAGCCGGCUUUGCCGCCAAGCCCUUUUUCGACGCCUUUGCCGGCCAGCACAGCAGCAAGCCCUUCGACGCCUUUGCCGCCGGCAAGCACAGCAAGCCCUUCGACGCCUUUGCCGCCGCCGAGCACUGCGAGCCCUUCGACGCCUUUGCCGCCACAGACCGCUGUGACGAAAGCCCCGCCGACAGGACCUGCUCCUUCGACGCCUUUGCCACCGCAGACCGCUGUGACGAAAGCCCCGCCGACGGGACCUGUGGUCAACUCAAGCACCCACAGGACUGAGUACCGCUCGUUCCAACGCUUUUGCGAGAACUCACCGGGAGCAGUGGAGUUGAAGAAGGUGUGGGUGCAGGGCGGACCGCAGCGCUUGGCAAUGUUCCAGAAGUUUGUUCUGACAGGCUGUGGCCAGGACGAAAUCGCAAUCAGCAUGGGCGUCUGCCCGAACUUCGCCACGUCCGUGGCGGCACAGCUGGACUCCAUGAACGGCGCCCUGCCAGUUGCUGAUGGGGCUACUUCUUCGGUGAACCCGCCAGUGCCGGCCCCCGGCAAGGCGGCUCCAAAGGGAAAAGGCAGUGCGCCUGCGCCACCCGGCACGACGACGGAAGACCCCCAGCCGCCGCCCAAGAAGGCGAAAGUUCCGAAGCCGGAGGGAUCCGACAUGGAGUUGAUCUGCAGUGGAGAGAACGUUGGACUUUUCGUGAAGUCGUGGGUGGCGAACACCAUGUUUCAGCGGGAAAGCCUUCUCGGUGCAAAGUUGCAUCUGCUCCGAAAUCUGAGGGUGGAGGUCCUCGAGAGCCAGGAGGCUUUGAUGGGGAAGAUUAAGGACUGUGCCGAAGGCAUCGGGGCUUGUCGCAAGAAGCUCCAGCUCAUGGGGACAGAGCCAGUGGCCGCCGAUGUGCAAUCGGCCCUGCUGGAGGCUACCGUGUUUGUGGAGGGUUUCAAGAAGCAUCUUCGAGUGGCGAAUGAACACUCGGUUUUCACGUGGGCCGGGGAGCCAGCUCCGGACUUCUUCAAGAAGUGGCGUCUGCGGCCGUCGCAGAAGCAGGGGAUGCAAAUGUACCAGGUGGGCUGCGAGUUUGGGCGCAUCAGGGCGGGCACUGUCGACUGGCUGGACUGGUGGCAGAAGGCCAAGAGCGAGCCAUGGGGGAAUCAUCCGGUGCAGUCCUGGCCGGAGGAGGCCAGGCAAAAAGCGGUGGCCGUGUCGAUUCACGGCGAUGAGGGUACUGGGAAGAGGAGCAAAAGCAUCUUGAUCCUGUCGCUUUCGCCCUUGGCCAUCCACCGGGGCGACUCGAUGCUGCAGAAGUUCCCGUUCUGUGUGCCCUGGCCGGUUGUGCGAUCAGACAGAUUUGUCUACGACAACGGCCAGAAUAUCACGCUUCAGGCGCUACAGCGCUACUACGCCGAUUCCUUUCGGAUUUGUGGCGACCCCGCCAGCGAAGGCCAACACGGAUGGACCAUGCACCCUGUCAUAUCGAAGGGAGAUUGGAAGCACAAAAGGGAAUGGUUGGAACAAUGUAGAAGCUACGGGAACCUUGCUAGCAAUGCUCCUCGUGAGCAGAACGCCGGCAGAAUCUGCCCGAGAUGCUUGUGCGAUGGCAGCACACCUGGAAAGCAUUGGGCUGACAUGCGUGAGGGCUUCGAUAACCAGGCAGACUUGGAUGAAGCUUCGAAUGAUAGUAGCUAG